AUGACAACAACACGUUCUGAUGGUUUCAAUAAAUUACUCUAUAUACUUGUUCCUAUACAAAUUAUGUCCGUAUAUGGCGCCCUUACAGAGAGAAUGGAAUUUUCACUUUUGUUUCUGUAUAAUAUUUUUGUUAUUUUGGCUCAUUUGCACUAUGCGAUUUGUGUGGUUCGACAAAUUUGUGAUCAUCUAAAUAUAUUUGCCUUUAAGAUAAAAGAUUCUUCAACACAAUCAUCGUCAACGGAGGCUCAUAUUAAACACUCAUAA